UUAUCUUAAACAAAACAUGAGCUUCUUCCAUGUUCAACAAGUUGAAUGAGUCUUUUACCUCCCAAGUCUCCAACCACUACAACUUACCAUAUCAAAAUCAAGGGAUUACCUAUGUUCUCUCAGCAAUGCUAAAUUUUCACUGUAAACAUCAUUUGCAGCAGUCUUAAUGAAUAAAAUAUAUUUUUGCUUGUCCUUGACAAAGUUGCAAACAUAGCCUAUAUAAACACCUUAAUCUAAUUCUUCAGACAUACAAAACACUCUUCCAAACACAUACUCAUGGCUGCCCUACUCUGGAUGGUAGUUUUCUUGCUAGCUCCUUUCCUCUCCAACGCCGCUGAUCCUGAUCCCUUGCUGGACUUCUGCAUAGCAGACCUCAACUCCUCCCCCACGUUUGCCAACUUCCCUUGCAAGCCUACCUCAAGUGUCACCUCCGAAGACUUCUUCUUCGAUGGGUUGAUGAAGGAAGGCAACACUUCAAACAUGUUUGGAUCGAAGGUCACACCUGGGAACGUUCUCACAUUUCCCGCCCUAAACAUGCUUGGACUUUCAAUGAACAGGCUUGAUAUCGCGCCUAAUGGGCUGAACCCACCUCACACCCACCCAAGAUCAACCGAAAGUGGGGUGGUGAUCAGUGGUAAAGUCCUAGUCGGGUUUGUGACUACCGGGAACGUAUUCUACUCCAAGGUUUUGGUUCCAGGGCAGAUGUUCGUGAUCCCCAGGGGAUUAGUUCAUUUUGAGAAGAAUGUGGGGGAUAAUAAGGCAGUAAUUAUAACAGCUUUCAAUAGCCAGAAUCCAGGGGUAGUGGUUGUGCCCACAACUCUAUUUGAUGCACAACCUUCAAUUCCAGAUGAUGUUUUGGCCCAAACUUUCCAAAUUGAUUCAAGCGUUGUCCACGAAAUAGAAUCCAAAUUCUGAAAUUUGGCUGGUAUAUACUAGUCUAUGAAGAUUUCCUUUAUUCUUUUUACGAUGUUUCACGAAAAUAACUGAAUAAGGAUUGAUGUUUUUAGGCAUAUUAUAUUUAUUAUUAAUAAAAUAAAUGAUGUACUCGUAGUUAUUAAGCUGCUCGCCUAUUCAUUGGCUAUCAAUAAAAUUCUUGGAGUUGUAUGCGAAUUUUGUAUUUUGAAGAAA